AUGAAAGGUGGGAGUGGGAGAAAGAGGAAUUAUGGUACCGACCCUGCACAGCCACCGCCUCCCGACCCGGAGUCCGCCGGAGACGGCAGCGUUGCGGCGGGGGAAGGGAGGCACAAUACAGAAGAUGACAGCGGCAGAAUCGAAGGUGCGGUGGAGGAUUUUGAAGAGGAAGAAGGAGAGGAUGAGGAGUUUUCGGGAGCUGAUAGAGAGUACGAGCAGCUGGGAGAGGCGCAAAUUGGGGAGGCGGCGGAGGGCGAAAGGACGAAGCUCGCCGAUGGGUACUAUGAGAUCGAGGCCGUACGCAGAAAGCGCGUCCGAAAGGGGAAAGUGCAGUAUCUCAUCAAAUGGCGAGGCUGGCCGGAAGCAGCAAAUACCUGGGAGCCAGUGGGAAAUCUGUUGCAGUGUUCGGAUAUUAUCGAUGCAUUUGAAGAAAGCUUGAAACCGGGAAAAAGUAGGUGUAUACGCAAAAGGAAACGCAAGGCUAGUGUAACUCACGUUCAGACCAAGAAAAAACAACAGGACAAACAACAGCACCAGCAGCAGAGGUCCCCUGCGACCGCCACAUAUAGCGUGCCCUCGCAUGUGAUAAAGAUAGCCGACGAGCCUAUGCCCUUUCCCAGGCUAAAAAACUUCACCUCUGCAAAUGAGAGUGGGCAAACUACUGUAUAUGGCCUAAACAGUCUCGAAAUUUCCAAGAAAGCAAAUGAGAUUGGUGCAAGAAUUGUGAGAGAAGAAGAAAAGGAACAAAACCAGUGGAACUUGAAACUCUCCGAGUUGAAGGGGGCAAUGGUGGCCGGCCAAGAAGUCUCUGACAGGCUGGCUCGAACAUCCGAAGAAGGCCAACGUCCAAUGGGAGAUGAUUUGGCGAACGAAUUAAGGACUGAGGGGUUGAAUCCUGUGCAAACCGGUCGUUUUACCGGAGCUAAAAAGAGGAAAUCGGGUUGUGUGAAGAGGUUCAUGAAAGGCCCAGAGGCGUGCUCCAUUGAGGAUGCAGCGAAUGGGGUUUCACCUUGUGGGUCCCUUGCACCGGAAAGUGUUGAGCGCACUGAUUUUUUCGGGAAUAAUAUGGGCGGCUGGGAUAGUAAGUACGAGAAUAAUUCCAAAAGCAUGUGCGCAAUUACCCAGAUUGUGAAGCCUAUUAGUUAUAAGGCUUCCGUGGCAAACAACGUGCAAGAUGUGUUAGUGGCAUUUGAGGCCGUCAGGUCCGAUGGAACCAAAGUGAUUGUGGAUAACAAGUUUUUAAAAGCUUACAACCCGCUUCUGCUCAUAGACUUCUAUGAGAAAAAUUUACGGUACAGUCCAACGUGA